CAUGGGGGACCAUGUGGGUUCAGUGUUUAUGCCAGGGGAUCAGUUAACAAAUUUAAAGUAUUCUGAGUCUUCCGGCAAGUGUAAUCUUGGUCCAGGUUUAAGAUUAGACGAAGAAAAUGUUUACGUCACAAAACCUGGAAUUCUCAGAUACAGAGAACCACAUUUAUACUGGAUAGACUGCCACCAGAAGAGAUACGUUCCAGUGAAGGGGGACUCCGUAGUGGGUGUGGUGACAGCGAAAGCUGGGGACAUGUUCCGUGUCGACAUUGGCAGCAGUGAGCUUGCCACUCUGUCCUAUCUAUCUUUUGAAGGGGCAACCAAGAGGAACCGACCAGAUGUCAAGGUGGGGGACAUUGUGUUCUGCCGUCUGCUGGUAGCCAACAAGGACAUGGAGCCGGAGGUCGUCUGUAUCGACAGCCAUGGACGGAGCAGUGGUAUGGGCGUCAUCCGCAACGAGGGUUUCAUGUUUAGCUGUUCUCUCAACUUAGUAAGAAAGGUUCUCAAUCCACAAUGUGCUCUCUCAAAGACUCUAGGCAAACACCUGCCUUAUGAAAUGACUGUUGGCAUGAAUGGCCGAAUCUUGGUCCGAGGACGUUCCACGAAUCAAACAAUAGCCAUCUGUAAUGCCAUAGCAGCGUCGGAACACAUGGCAGACUCACAGAUAAAAGCAAUGGUGAAAAGACUGGCCGAUGCCAUAGCUGGAAUCUGACUUCAUCUGUUUUCUAAGACCUUCCAUGUCUGAUAUGUGUCACUGGCCAGAUGUCAAAUGUUGUGUAGGUUUCAGAGUCAAGUGGUGUCAUAAGUAAAGAAGAUACAUGUCAUCAUGGUUGUCAUGUGGGCUGGAUGACAUGUCACCGAUUCUAUUUGAGAACUGUACAAAACAAAUAACGGAAUUUCUUAGGUCAGGUUCUCAAAGCAUUUGAUUGUUGGGGUCCAAGGAUAAAAGAUUGGGUUCCCAGAGAAGUGUAAAAAAUUGAAUGAAGUACUCUACAACAAGUGAUGCAAGAUUUGCAUGCUCGGAGGCCAUUACUGAAAAUUAGAUCUGGAGGUAACCAGCUGAAACGAAUCAACAAGUGCUAGCCCAAGACUGUGAAGCAUCCGACUGUGUAUUGUAUGUUUAAAUGAUUUUAUAUGGAAAUUCAUUUAUGGAAGUGGUACCAAAUUAUGAAAAGCAGCAUUCAUUCCCCAGCAUGCAUACACAUUUUCUGCAUCUUAGUGGAUGUACAUUGCAUAUUGUUUUCAUCGAUUUAAAAAAAUUGGCAUCCAGUAAAUCUCUGUUAUGUUAUUGCUUAUUUUGACUGUGGAGUGAUCCCGAAGUUAAAGUAUUGACUCAGCUGCUCACUAUCAACACUUUCAAUUUAGAUGGGCCUUGUUCUGGUUGAGACUUUGCUGAAGCCAUCAUGAAUCUAUAUUAAAAUAAAGUCACAGCGCCAAGGCCCCAUAGGGAUUCCGGGUUAGAAUAGGUACCCAGUAACCUACGCUGGUUGUAAGAGGCGACCAAAUGGAUCUGGCUCAGCGGCUUAGUUACUGGUGUGAUAUCGUACCCUGAUGGCGUGGAUGGUCUGGUCAAUUACAGGCAGCUGUCAUAUAGCUGGAAUAUUGCUAAGUGCGGCAUUAAACAACAAAUAGACAAACAUAGUACCAUGAUUGCUUUGUGGUGGAAUGAAGACCUCACUGCAUGGUGUAUUGGUUUGGUAUGCAAUGACCAUCACGUUGUCAGAUGUUGGGAAGCUUGCCCAAGCACUGAUGUUGAAAUUUCAUGUUCUUGAUUUAUUGUCCAUAACAUUUAACAAAGAUCUAUGACAUUGACAUCUGCUUAUUGUCUGACAUAGUUUUGAGAAAUUGCUACUGUAAUUAAACAUUCUCCAAACAGGA